AGUUGUACAGGUAUGACAGGCUUACCUGUCUACGGCUCAGAUUGAACUUUUCAUGAAGACAAGACAGGUAGUUGUGUCAGUUUCGUUCGACGGCAUAGGUGCUGCUGCCAUGAGAACCAAGUGACUGUGUCUACAGAGAGAAAGAGAGAGAAAACAAAAUCAACGGUCCCCUGAGGAACUCACUUGGUCUUCUCUUCCUCUCUCUUCCUACCUUUAUUUCCUCAGGAUGAGAGGCAUGUCGGUAAUGGUUUUCCUGGCCUUAUGUGCCCUGCUGAUUAUAGCCUACCAGGCCGUACAGCAGGAGCUCAACAUCCGCAACCUGCAAACACGCAUCGUUGUUUCCAGUGAACAGGUGAAGUUUAAGGAGGAUGGAAUCAUGUCAGCCAAGACGAAAGUGGACGAGAUCACUAAAAAGCUUAGUGCUCUGACAACACAGAGAGAUCAGCUCAAAAAACAGAGGGAUGACUUUAAGAAAGACACUGCUGCAUCUGAAAAGGAACUCGGCACCUGCAAUACAGACAAGGGUACAUUAGAGAAGAAGAGCAAUGAAGCAAAAGAAGCACUUAACAAACUAAAGGGAGACCAAGAAGCUGAAAAAAAGAAAGCUGAGGAAGAGAUUCAGGGUCUAAAAAAGAGCAUUCUAGAGAGAGAUCUAAAGAUCUGCAAAUUUGUGGAUGUUACAAUGGAAGAGACAAAGAAGUUGUGCGCAAUUGCACUGUGAAGGGAUUUCAGAAGUCAGUGUCCAGGGAGUGCUCAGGAAAAAAGUUCUGGAUGGGGAUUGUGUAUAUUUUCUUUCUUCUUCACACCUUUUUUAAACUUUGUUUAAUAUGUUAUUUCAUAAAAUAAGGUAUGGAUGUGCUUCUUUAUGAACAAUGCACUAAAUAAAUGUGUUAUAAAGACUGA